UUUCAAAUCGAGUGGUUCAUCAAUUCUAUAGAUUUAGCGGUCCUAUCCGGGAUUUCGGGCCUUUAUUGAUCCGGUCGUCACGUGUAGCCCUCGAAGUUCUGCUCCGGUCUGGUUCGCGACCUUCAAAUUCUCUAUCAUGUCGAUUAGUGUCGAUUCUUUUCAGUUCUCAAUGUAACAAUUUGGAGCCAUUUUCUCCUUUUGUCGAUUAAAUUCAAUUCUCUCUUCAUUUGAUUGAGGUUCACUGUGAACAUUCACUUGCACUUCAAGCAUUGUAAUGGUGCAUGCGUCCGACUUAGUAGCAAAUUUGUAAAACCCAGUCAAGUUAGAAAUGGCAUCUAAACGGCCAUUUCCUUUCGAGAAUGGCAGCGGUCAGGAGCACAAGAAAAGAAGUAUCAAUUCUUUGUCGCAUAAGAAAAUCUCCAAAUUAUUGGGUGCAUUAGAAGAACUUCUUGGGGAAGACGAUGUGGGCGAAGUUGAGGCUUUAAUGGGCGGUGCAGCAUUUUCGGGAGUAACCGAACUUUGUAAUACACUACGAGACCAAGUGCAGUCAGACUUGAAUGAUACCAGCCAUAGUGGUUCUGGGGACUUUAAGGUUGAAAGUUCAUCUCAAGAACCUGUGAUUGGAAACCCAGGGAAAAUAUUAACAGCUCUACAAAUUACACCAUGGACUUUGUCUUCCAUUCCAUCAAAACUUCCACCCCUUCCAGAAGUGUAUGAUCCUACUCUUGAGCUGGCUUCGUUCACUCACCAUGGCCGUACUAAUGGCAGCGUUACUGAUUUGAGCUAUGAACGCCUAGAAUGGGUAGGAGAUGCAUAUAUCUACACCAUUUCUACCCUUCUCAUAUCACAGACGUUCCCUGCCUUACUGCCUGGAAAAUGCUCCCAACUUCGCGAAAGACUCGUCAAGAAUGUCACUUUGGCUGAUUUUGCACGAAAAUAUGGUUUCGAAAAGCGCGCGAAGCUGCCAGAAGAUACUCUCCAUCCUAUGAAAGAACAGGAAAAAGUCAAAGCAAUGGGAGAUAUUUUUGAGGCAUAUGUCGCAGCUGUCGUGCUUUCAGAUCCGGAACACGGAGUCUCACGUGCAUCAGAAUGGCUGAAAAGUCUCUGGGCCAUGGUGUUGUCAAAGGAAAUCCAACAAGAAGAGCGGAAUGAGGAUAAAUUGGAUAGCCCUUUGUGGAGAUUAAGAGGAAAUGUUGACAAUGUCCAGACAAAAACUAAAAGCGUACUUAAUCCCAAAGAGAAAUUACAAAAGGCCCUUAGUUCAAAAGUCAGUAAAUUGACGUAUAAGGAUAUUGGAACAGCCAAGAAGGACAAAAAUACUAAACUCGCGGUGUUCACAGUGGGCGUUUUUCUUGACGGAUGGGGUGAAGUUAACAAGCAAAUUGGGUUUGGAAGUGCAAAUGGCAAGAAAGAGGCAGGCUUCAAAGCCGCGGAGAUGGCGUUGAAUAACAAGAAGAUGAUGGCCAAGUACUUGGAAAAGAAGAAGAUCUACGACGCACAACAGGAAAGAGAAAGAAUUGCGCUUCAGAAACAAGAAGAAAAUUGAUCAUGAUCAACAGCUAAAAAGGAAAGUUAUGACCUUUGAGUCGGGUGGUCAGUAAGGGCUCUCAUCUUGAGGGAUAUCGAUAGACGAAUAAGGAUUGCUUGGACUGCAGCGGUCAACAUCAAUUUGGGUUCAAUGCAGUGCAUUUUUUGAAAGUUGCUUGUUGGCAGGGGGAAUAGAUACCCAAGAAUUAAGUUUCCAGAUAGGACACGAAAUAAUUAACAUAUCCGCCUCUUCAUGAGCUACUUGUGUGAAGGCGUUCAUGAGGUGUUCGAAUGCAUCCAUCAUACAUAUUUUCAGCGACCUUGGAUCCAUUCUCAAGCAAUCAACUAAUGUGUGUUAUCAUUUUACUGGUUG